UGUGUGCCUCCGGGCCCCAGAGCUGGUGCUCCGGGUUGUGCCGUGCCAGGCGCUGCCCGAGCGCUGAGCCCUUGCCCCCGGGCCGGCACCAUGCUGCGCCGCAAGCCCUCCAAUGCUGGCGACAAGGAGCCGGGACACAGGAAGCUCUCCCUCCAGCGCUCCAACAGCUUCAAGGACUUCGCGAAGGCCAAAGUCAGCUCCCCUGUGCUGAGCGAGGAGUUCAACCUGGAGGAGAAGAUCCCCAGGGAUGAGUCCAGCAGUGCCAGCCCUGACGAUGCUGCCCGGAGCAGUGGGAUGAAGCUGAGCAAGAAGUGGCGAGCCGUCAUCUCCCGCACCAUGAACCGCAAGAUGGGCAGGAUGGCCGUGAAGGCACUGGCUGAGGGGAAGCAGGGAGACAUGGAGGAGGAGGAGGAGGGGUCCCUGUGCCCCCUGUCCCCAGCCAGCAGCACGGAGGAGCCAAGCCACGACAAGGUGCCCGUGCCAUACCUGGAGACAGAGGAGGAUGAGCAGCCGCCCGCCAGCAGUGAGCCUGGCUCCGGUGCGGCACCGGCCGGGCACAGCCGCGGCCCCGGCCACUCUGCAGGCAGUGAGGGGCCUGGCCCUGGGAGCCGGCAGCAGGACAGCCCCAGCACAGCCUACACUGGCCCCUUCUGCGGCCGGGCUCGCGUCCACACCGACUUCACACCCAGCCCCUACGACAGGGACUCGCUCAAGCUGCAGAAAGGGGACAUCAUCGGCAUCAUUGAGAAGCCUCCCGUGGGCACCUGGACCGGGCUGCUCAACAACAGGGUGGGCUCCUUCAAGUUCAUCUACGUGGACAUCAUCCCCGAGGAGGCAGCUCCCGCCCGCAAGAGCCGGGGCCCCAGCCGGAGCAAGCGGCUCAAGCCCAAGACGCUCCACGAGCUGCUGGAGCGCAUCAACCUGCAGGAGCACACCUCCACCCUGCUGCUGAACGGCUACCAGACCCUGGAGGACUUCAAGGAGCUGCGAGAGACUCACCUCAACGAGCUGAACAUCACGGACCCCCAGCACCGCGCCAAGCUGCUCACGGCUGCAGAGCUCCUCCUGGAUUACGACACAGCCAGCGAGCCAGAGGAAGUCGACAGCUCUGAGGCCCAGCCAUCACCCUCGGAGCCCAAGGGGGACAUUCCCCGGGACUCGGGCUGCUUCGAGGGAUCUGAGACCCUGGACGGGAGCCGGGAUGAGGCCGAGCUGGGGGGUCCCGAGCAGCAGCUGCAGGCUCUGUCCCUGCCAGAGUCCCCCUGAGCCCACGGCACAGCCACGGCUGCUCGGGGGGGCAGUGGGUCCCGGCAGGGGGACCCCAUAUCAGGGCUGCAGGCAGCACAGCCCUUGGCCCCGAGGCUGCCCCGUUUGCUGCCCCCAGGACAUUCUGCCCUGCUCUGCUGCCCCGGCACAUUGCCCCACAGCUCCCAGAGCUGGGACGAGCCUGCAGGAGCCUGCAAGGGCAGGGGGGUCCCACAGCAGCAACCCCAGUGCUGAGCAGCCAUGUGCGAGGGCACAGGGGUCCCACCGAGGCUGGCUCCAUGCCGGCAGCUCCAUGCCUUCCCCCAGCAGCUUCCUCGCACAGCCAGGGCAGGGUUUGCUGGGAAGUCUGGGCUGUGGGGAGAGGUUCAGCAGAGCUGAAAGCAGCCCGGCAAGGGCACUGCACACCCUCCAUCGGCUCCAGGGGAGCCCCGACCGAAGCUUGCACCAGGCGCAGGGGGGAUACAGGAGGGAGCUGGGGUGACCUUGAGCAUCCUGCUGUCACCAGCGGGGGAGCCCCUUCCAGAGUGCCAGAUCCCCCCGAGCACCCCCGGGCAGGGGCAGGGGAGCUGCAGCCCAGCCGGGCCCCCGUGCGCAGGCGAGGGCAGCAGGAGCAGGCAGGGGCUGGCAUCCAUACGGGAGCGUGGGGCAGCCUGCAGCAGAGCACCAGGCUGUGCCCAGAUCGGGGGCUGACCCCAGGCCCCUCAGCCCGGCUCUCGCUGUUGCACACGAGCAACUCCAGCUCCAGCGCUUUAUCCCAAUAAAAGCGUGCAAGUCCCCUUCA